UCUGAAACGCUCGAGUCCAGAAUGACGAAUCUUAAAUGUUGCGUGAGAAUUCCAUGCAUGCCAGUCAGUAGGAUAGUUCAUGCAUGACACACCGCCGUAACCUGGUAGUUUCUAUCGAUUGGUAAAUCCCAAAUGUGCCAUGGAAACUUUUAUCUUCAAGUGAGGCCUGUUGAUACAGGUUUGUUUAGUUGCCUAGUAGUUUAUAGCGUGGAUUACAAUGCAUUCAAGUUACGGAUCCACGAUGGACCUGGGCUCGGAUUACGUGAAAAUUAAAGCGCACUACAGCGGGGACAUGCUAAUCACAGACUUGGCUGCCACAGUAACCUACAUGGGACUAUGUGAGGAGGUGAGGGUGAUGUGCAGCCUGGCCCAGCAGCAGCCAAUCACUCUCAAGUGGAUCGACGAUGAGGGAGACCCAUGUACCAUCUCCUCUCAGAUGGAACUGCAGGAGGCCUUCCGGAUCUACAGCCGCAACAGGAACUCAGGACUCCUGCUGCACGUCUUCCCCAGUAUCCCAGUGAAGCCAGGUAUGCCAUGUCCAGGAGAAGACCAAUCGAUCUACCGCCGCGGGGCCAGAAGAUGGAGGAAGCUCUACCGAGUCAACGGACACCUCUUCCAGGCCAAGCGCUUUAACAGGAAAGCGUACUGUGGCCACUGCAGUGAAAGGAUAUGGGGGCUGGGGAGGCAGGGCUACAAGUGUAUCAACUGCAAACUGCUGGUCCAUAAGCGCUGUCACACACUUGUCCCUCUGACCUGCCAAAGGCAUAUGGAGCCAGUCAUGCCAUCACAGGCCCCUUUAGAUGAGAAGAGUGAAGAGGUGGACCUCCUCCCUCAAGACACAGAGGAUACAGAUGGAAUACCUUUCCUACCACACAAUUGCAAGAUGGACAAAGUUGAAGAGGACUCCGAGGAAAUCAAAGCAGUGGUAGAUGGGAUUGAAGGCAUCAAGAUCUCCCAGGGGCUGGCGCUGGGCUUGGGGGACUUCGACCUGAUCCGGGUGAUCGGCCGUGGCAGCUACGCCAAGGUGCUGCUGGUGCGACUCAAGAAGAACGAACAGAUAUACGCCAUGAAGGUGGUCAAGAAGGAACUGGUGCACGACGACGAGGACAUUGACUGGGUGCAGACAGAGAAGCACGUGUUCGAGCAGGCGUCCACCAAUCCGUUCUUAGUGGGCCUUCACUCUUGCUUUCAGACAGAGAGCAGGUUAUUUCUCGUGAUCGAGUACGUCAACGGCGGGGAUCUGAUGUUUCAUAUGCAACGGCAACGGAAACUACCAGAAGAACACGCAAGAUUCUAUGCUGCUGAAAUUUGUAUCGCUCUCAAUUUCCUGCAUGAAAAGGGAAUCCUCUACCGAGAUUUGAAACUGGACAACGUUCUCUUGGAUCACGAGGGACACAUCAAGCUGACAGAUUACGGGAUGUGCAAGGAGGGCAUAAGACCAGGAGACACCACCAGUACAUUCUGUGGAACCCCCAACUACAUAGCCCCUGAGAUCCUCAGAGGGGAAGACUAUGGGUUCAGUGUUGACUGGUGGGCGUUAGGUGUGCUCAUGUUUGAGAUGAUGGCCGGGAGGUCCCCUUUCGACAUCAUCACCGACAAUCCUGACAUGAACACAGAGGAGUACCUCUUCCAAGUUAUUCUCGAAAAGCCCAUUCGCAUCCCAAGGUCUCUGUCGGUGAAGGCCGCCAGCGUGCUGAAGGGCUUUUUAAACAAGGACCCCAAAGAGCGUCUGGGUUGCCAGGUCCAAACGGGCUUCUCUGACAUCAAGUCGCACACGUUUUUCCGCACUAUAGACUGGGACCAGCUGGAGAAGAAACAGAUGGCCCCGCCCUUCAAGCCACAGAUCGCAGAUGACUAUGGCCUGGAGAACUUUGACACCCAGUUCACUAACGAACCAGUGCAGCUAACACCAGACGAUGAGGACGUCAUCAAGAGAAUAGACCAGUCCGAGUUUGAGGGAUUUGAAUACAUCAACCCUCUGCUGCUAUCCGCAGAGGAGUCUGUAUGAGGGAGAAGAGACCUCUUCUCCCACCUGUGUCUGUCCAGCCCCCCUCUCAGCCAAAUCUAUGAACAACUCCCUCUGGGAUGGAGGGAGGACAAGAAACUCCCGGCUUUGCACGAGGUUCGAGGACAUGAGUGCGAAAAUGAUACUUUUCUUUUCUUUGUGGAUCCCCCAUAAUGUAUUGCAUUAUUUUGUCAACUGGGGAAAACUCUUUGGAGGUGGUCAACAUAAAAAAAGGACACAGGAACAUUCCCAAAACCUGGUUGUUGAUUAUCUUCACGUUUUUUUGUUUUUCCCCAACUACUCCACCCCUGUGUCAGCAGCACGGCUGGCUAUGUCAUUUCAAAAACAGAAAGCGACUUCAUUCUGUGCCUGCCAUCGUAAAACAGAUUUGACAGUCCCGCCCCUCGCAUCCCUGGAUGGAAUAUGACAGUUCUACGACUGGAACUUGAAGUUAUGUGCACUUUGUUUUGUUAAUUCAUUUUUUUUUUUUUUUACUUGUAGGAGGCUCCGCUGCCUCGAGCAAAAUAAGAAUGUACAAUGACGAAGGAAAAAAUGAUGAUACAAGUUAUUGUGUAUUAUAAUGUAGGUAGCAACUCCAAAUUGAUGAUGCCUUUCUAUUGAUGCAAAGUGGCACGUUUUAUUCAUGACCAUUAACUUUCUUUUUGUUCGUUUUCCUCAGCAUUGAUUUUCAUUAACAGAAAAAAAACUGAGACAAAAGUUUAUUUUUUAUUUAAGAAGUGCCUCAAAGAUCCAAUCUACACCAUGUUUCUGAUUGCACUUAUCGAUUGUUCCAAUUCCUUUCAGCUGCCUGGUGGGUUGGUCAAGAAAGCCAGUGGAACACAUCGCGCAUACAGACCAAGGGCCUCAUUUCUAAAGGGUUUUUGUGCACAGAUUUUAUUGUAAAUUGCGCAUACACGUAAAUGUAAAUUAUGCCAAUGUUUUAAGAGUUAAAUCUUUAACAACCUUGGGCUUGACAAUAAAAUAUGCAGUAGGAAGCAUUUUUGUAGAUCAUCCAAUACCCUGAUAGCACAAAGAGGCAAACUAUCAUCUGUUGGUCAACAGAAUUUUGAAGGAUAGUGCAUGGUCCUCAGCACUGAAAUAUGGGCAACUGUAAGUCUCUAUACUUCAAACUUGAGAAGUCUGUUGCCAUAAGUCCUUUACCAUUCACAGCAUAUAAAAAAUGUAGUUGAUCACCAUAGAUGCUGAGUGAAAGCUGUUUAAUGGGGAAAGAUUUUUAAAGAACCACUGAACACGCUGUUUGGCACGUGUGUUUUUCUGUUGCUCAUUAGAAAAACGAGAAUUCAGUCUUGGCGGUGUGUUUCCUGACCGAUUCUGCGCUUGGGGAAUGUUUACCCCCAUGAGACACUGUAGCCUAGUUCCCUUCCUCAAAAUCUCCAGAAUUAAUCUAAGAUAACUAAAGAAAUCUGUAAUUAAUGUUGAUGUUUGUGAAGAGGAUGUUUAAGUGCAACUUUACAUCCAUUUUAAAUUUGGGGCAGUAUUUCUAAAGUAAAACAAAUGUGCGACAUGUUGUCUUAAAUUAACAAAGUCGGGCUGCUGGGCAGAUCUGUCACAUUGCUUAUGCUAUUGGAUAGAGAUAAAUCACCGCAGCUGUUCACCCCAUGUUAGUGGGCAAAUCGACAUUGUCAAAUCAAAACCCAACCUUCAUUUACGUGUUGUGACGCACGGAUGUUCCAGACUCCGUUUUAGACAAGACUGACUUUAUGACCAAAAUGAUCCUAUUUACAUUUAAUUUUGACACUAGAAUAACUGUUUUUGACUCAUAUCGGUGCCACACAGGCCAUUUUCAAAGGGAUUCGUUGCUUUUUAAAGGCGGUCGCUCUUUAAAUUGUGCAUACUAACACUUUGAGAAUUGAUUGAAUGCUUAAAUUUAGUAUAGCAACUGAUUUUAUAAAUGAGGCCCAAUGUCUUAGGUAAUCCAAAUGGUUAAAUCUUUUUAAAAAAUGGAACGAACGUUAUGGAGCACAGUAGCCAGCCAUGGUUCUGAUGAAAACAUGGUUACUCUUACCAUUCUGUUGAAAUACCAACCUGGUCUCAGAGCAUUUUGUAUGUAAAUCUGAGAAUCCAUUUUGUAUGGUACAGUUGAAGUCGGAAGUUUACAUACACAUAGAUUAGAGUCAUUAAAACACAUUUUUCAACCACUCCACAAAAUUAUUUCUUGUUAACAAACUAUAGUUUUGGCAAGUCGGUUAGGACAUCUAC